UUGCAUUAAACAUAUGCUUUUAAUUUUCAACAGAAUCACUCUUAAUCAACAAGAAAUAAACAGUUCUGCAAUAUUCACAACAUAGCAGAGAAUUAAAAUACUUUACCACAGUCGAAUCCAAACGCUUUUUGCUUCCAUAUGUUCUGAUGUUAUUCCACAAAACAGUCAUUUAUAUUACGACAGUCGAUAAAUACUGGCAAGUUCUUCACGAGUAAGCGUAAUGUACACCUUCACUGUGGUGUCUUACAUUUUAAUUGCCGAAAAACUGAAGGAAACAAUACGCCGUACGAAUUUGACAGCUACGCCCACAUGUCAAACCGCAUGCCAGUUUUGGUUAUUUCCACACUUAACAUAAAAUGACAGUUAACAGGGACAUCCCGUAGGUAAGUGCGUUCCUCACACACAUUUCACGUUUCAUGACGCGGUUGUGCCAGUGACGAAUGCGUACCACAACAACACUUCCUACCGCCAGACAACCGCUUUAAAAGAACAUAAAAGUCGCCAUGUUUGUGUUUAUUGAUUUUCAGAUGCGCACAUGCAACCGCGCAGUAUCAAAGACAAAUGACUCCACUCCCCCGCACUCAACAACACAAAGUUUAAGCGUACUUUUGAACCAUAUUUCUGUACACUUCGUAUUAAGUUUGUGACCGGCAUUGUGCCGAUAAGAAGACAGUUUGCAGUUAAUAACACCAUGUUCGAGAAUUGUCAAUAUUUGAAUCUUGGUCUUGCAACGCCAUCUAUUGUCAACAUUGUGAACAAUCUUGACAUUCAUUAUCGAUACUUUCUCCGACUCGGGGAAGUAGAUCGAAACAGCUGAGAAGUGUCGUCAUGAACUGUCUGGUUGAUGACUGUCACAACUUGAAGUAUCAAAAUAAAAUAUGUAGUGCAAGUAAAGUUUUUUAAACAGCUCUUUUGUUGUGGUAUUUUACUUUUGUAGGUUGUAAUACCAGUUGUAACUGCAUUUUAUGUUGUCUUGCUGAAGACUUAAUUCUUUCAUCAUUUUGUCCACCAUGGAUAUGAUGCUUGAAGCAUAUUUGACACAUGAAGGGGCACUUGAGCCCGAUGACAUCCCCCAAACAAAGGAAACAAUAUGGAUACUGGGAAAGGCAUAUCAUGCUCCACACAAUGUAGAAGUCAUUCGGAAAGAUAUUCGCUCCAAAUUAUGGUUUACAUAUCGAAGAAACUUUGUGCAAAUUGGUGAUACAGGCUUAACCACUGAUAAAGGUUGGGGUUGUAUGUUACGUUGCGGUCAGAUGGUUCUAGCUCAUGCAUUAGUGUGUGUGCAUUUGGGCAGGGACUGGAUAUGGUCAGCUAAUGUUAAAAACAGUACGUACCUUAAAAUUUUACAUAUGUUUGAGGAUCGUCGUACUGCUCCAUAUUCUAUUCAUCAAAUUGCUUUAAUGGGUGCCUCUGAAGGCAAAGAGGUGGGCCAGUGGUUUGGUCCAAACACUGUUGCCCAAGUACUUAAGAAACUUGCUGUUUAUGAUGAUUGGAGCUCCCUUGUCAUUCAUGUAGCCCUGGAUAAUACAGUUGUCAUCAAUGAAAUCAGGAGACUCUGUUCUGUGAAGCAGAAAAGUGGAACUCAAAGUGAAGGAAAUGCCAGUGCAGGUGGGGUUGUGCAAAGUUGGAAACCUCUCUUAUUAGUUGUGCCUCUUCGCCUUGGCUUGAGUGAGAUUAAUCCUGUAUACAUUCGUGGACUAAAGACAUGUUUCACAUUCAAGCAGUCACUUGGGGUGAUAGGAGGAAAGCCAAACCAUGCUUUGUAUUUCAUUGGAUGUGUGGGAGAAGAAGUCAUUUAUCUUGAUCCACAUACAACCCAAUUGGCAGGUCUGGUGGAAGAGAAGGAACAUGAACACGAGAAAGCAUUAGAUGCAUCAUAUCAUUGUGAAUUUGCCAGCCGGAGUCACAUUCUUCAUAUGGAUCCUUCAGUUGCUGUGUGUUUCCUGUGCCAAAGCGAAGAGGAAUUUGAUGUUCUUUGUCAGCUUAUCCAACAGCACCUUAUUGAACCUGAGAAACAGCCUUUGUUUGAACUUUGCUAUGAGAGACCGCAGCAGUGGUCUCCAGUUGAUGAAGGGGCUGAGGAAGCUCUUGGGGCUUCAUGUGUUGCCUUGGAUGACUUGGGGCGACAUUUUGACGAUUCUGAUGAAGAUUUUGAGCUUCUGGGAUAACUUCUUGCAGCGUCAUACUUGUUCAACAAGGAUGAAUAAAGAAGUGGCCCAUUUAAGCACUUUCAUCGCAUUCAUCUUUUUAGUGUGCCUCUUUGCCAUGCGUGUGCCUGGCCCUCCUCAGGAUGAUGGUGUCGUGUUUACAUCAUUAGAGGAAAAACAAGAGAAGUGGGGUUUAAAUUGAAAUAAUUCUGACUUGUAAUAUUAAAAUAUUCAAGAAUGUUGUGCUAGCUUUACGAAUCUCUUUUCAGUUCUGAUAUUGCAGCUUUAAUUUGGAAGACGUUUUAUUUGUAACUGUAUGUUAGUGCAGAUAUUUUCAUUGCCAAGAGCCUUAAAAGUGGCAGCUUGUGUAGCAUGAAGACUGAACAAUAUUUGUCCCAUGCUAAAUGCCCUGAUAUAUGAUAUGCAUCUAAUGUUAACUGGAUGUACUUGCUGGUAAGACAUUUUAGCCAGUAGUUGCAAAUAUUUUUGUUAUCUUUGUCUGAGUGAAAAAUGGGGAAAUAUUUCAUGUACUAUGAAAAGCUAAUGCUAGCUUUCACUAAAUGUAGCCAUGAAGUCGUACAACAUGAAAUUAGGUCACAAAAGACUGCUCCUCUAUUAAUUCAUUCCAGACUUCGAUCUAUUAAUAUAAGGAAAUUUGUACAUGAAAAGUCUUAAUUGUAAUUUAUUGUGGCUCUGUAUUGUCUAGUUCUUCUUUGUUGUUUUUUGUUUUUGUUUUUAAGUUAAUCCUCAUGGCAUAAACAUUGCAGAGUUCUUUUUAAAUACAUUUUGAAAAUGUUCUUAAUAUUGAUAUUAAGUGUUGACCUUGAAAAAAUUUCAAGACUAAUCAUAACUAUAUUGUAAAGAUAACACCCCAGGUAAUUUAUAAAAAAAAGUGUUUUAAUGCAAGUUUGAUUGUUCUUAGAGGAGUAGCCUACUGUUCUUCAGCUUUUGUGAAAGCUUGUAAAAUUGAAGGCAGAUUCACAGAUGUUAAUUCCUUUUAUUAUGAAAUAAUAUGAAUUAAUGGUAUCACAGAAAGUAAACCAUCACAUUAAAAGCACAGAUAAUUGUAUGAAGAACAGGAGUGAAUAGCUGUGGAAAGUACCAGAUUUUAAAAAGUGUAGUACAAUUAGGAUUAUGCGAAUGAAUGGGAAGGUGUAUGUGUUUCAUUUACUUGCAUAUGUCAUUUUAUCUGAUGGGAUGAUGAAUGCGCAAGCUGUAAAGAAGCUCAAUUUUCUGAUAAUUAGUAUUUGCAAUGGGCUAUGUUCCUAUCCACAAGUGCUAGAAUAUUUUGUCAAUUCACUACAUAUCUAAAAACAAAGUUACAAGAAAAUUAUGAAGUUGAGCAGGAACACAAAUGAAGUAGUUGUUCCUUUGCUAAGGGUUUUGAUUGGAUUCGAACUCAUAAGCAAAUGACUUCAUGCAACUGUGUAACACUUCCUUUGAUUCUUAUACAUGACAAUAUGCAAGUAAAUGUCUUUGUGAAUAUUGUGAGUUAUUACAUUAUGUGCAUUAACUGUUUUUUCAAUUUUAUAUUCUAUUCUGUAAUUUGUCAGUUAAUUUGAAAGAGAUGUAUAUUAUGCUAUUUUUCAGUAUCCUGAAUAAAUUGAAUGUGUUGAAAAAGUUGAAUUUCAUACAAAUACAAAAACAGUUUUAAAUUAGUUUUUAAAACUAGUAUACCUGAAAUUACAUAUUUAACCUAUUCCAAUUACAGGUGUUGUUUCGACUCCUUUAUAUUUUCAGCUGCUUGUUGCAGAAUUAUCUGAAUAUUGUGUUGUUUUUUUUCUGCUUUUAACUCUCAUAAACUUGUUGGUAAUUAAUAAUAUUUAUAAAAAAAUCCAAACAAUAAAAUUUUUAAUAUUCUCCUUUUUAGUAAAUUUCUUAAAUGUUUCAUUUUUUACUUUCUCAUAUACAUAUGUAUACAUUGAGUAUUAUGUAUAGUAUAGAGAAAGUUUUGUAAUGGUUCAGAAUAUAAAUUUUGAAGUUUCCACAGAAAUACAUAUUUUAUAUACUCCUGAAGGUGCUGAAAAAGUAUUGUUUUUCCUUUUCUUUUUCUUUCAUUCUUUUUUUCUUUCUUUUCCCUUUCCUUUACCUUUUUAUCUUCAAAAUUUGUGUUUGUGAACAAAACUAGUGCCUAAACUGUUUG